CGUGGCUCUACAGAUAAAAGACCUUCGGGCUUUACCAGCCUUGCGCUCCGUUUUCACGUGUCAGUGUCACUUGCGUCAUGAAGCUAAAAAAGUGGCAUGUCAUUAUAAAAUUUUUAUUAUGGAAAUGUUGGGAAAUCAGUCGUUGGGAGCAGCGGUGCAAUUUUUCGCCCGUGUCUUCUGACCAUUUUACGUAUUCUACGUCAGCCUAUUUGCCAUUGUGAAACCCAUAAAGAGGCGGGAUGGUAUCGUGAGAUUCAAUGACAUUGUUAGCAACUAUGUUUUAUUACUUAUCUUAUCAACACUGUUAAUAAAUAUGGACUUCGAAGAAGACCCCAAAUCUGCUAUUUCACAGCCACAGAAGCCACCGAGAUUUAGGAAUCUCGGUCUAGCUUUGCGAGCAUUAGCUCUCUCCGUUAUAAUUUCUGGCAUUGUGCUUGCAGCCAUCCCUGCAUCGAGGAAUGCCAUCGCCAUUGGUAUAUUAGGACCUGCAUUCAUCACAACGUUCUGCUGGUUAUUAAUAGAACUCGUCUGCUCAGUGACCAAGACACUCCCUACUAUUCGCUCAUCAUUCAGUACUGUCAUUCAUUGCUUCAUCACUCUUGGAUCGAUUGCCUGCCUUGCUUGUUUUGGAUGGUACCGGGAUUGGUGGCCGGGAGGUAGCGCUCUCGACAACGAUACUGAACCAUCAGAGCCUCUGUUCCUUGCAGCACUAGUGCUCGCCUGUGUAUUGACGGUCAUUGAGAUCAGUCUCUGUAUUAUUGGCAUUGUGGAGUGAAUUGCUCAAGAUGACCUUCACAUGCCAGAUGUAAUGGAGGAUGAUGGAGUGAUAGAGAUUGAACAGCGACGGUAAUGAUUUAUUGAUGAAUUGGCAUCUAUUGGAGUUUGGUUGAUGACCUUUGAGGGUUUAUGUCGGGAUAUCAAGAAGGAAUGACCUGUAGUCCUAGAAUGUUGGAAAUAUGUACUCAUAUAUCCUUAAUGUAUUUAUUUAGACUCAAAAG